AUAUAUAGUAAGGAACAGUAUUAUUUAUUAGUGCGCGCAAAAGAUCACAGCACCAUCUGGAAGAGGUAAGUCAAGUUAACUUCAAGUAACUAUUGCCUCUAUCUGUCGCUUUAUUGAAGAACUGCUAUGACAGUAAACAAGAAGAGGUUAAAUUGUUAGGGUAAGGUUAUACCGAGUCCUGUUUUUUCUUGUUUUUAAUUUUAAUUAAUCGCCAAGUGAAUCUUUUAAAUAUCCUGCAAUUUGAGUAUGUUGGAGAUAUGGCUUCAGGAGAUGAUUUUUGGGAGAAAAGUGAUGUUAAGGGUUAUAAUUUUGAUGACGAUGAGUCUAUUGCUACACAAAUGUGUGGAGUUUCUCUUGGAGGAACAGCGAGAUUAUCUCAGCAGAUAAAGGCAGGGCUUGGUUCCAACCAGAAGGAGAUAUUUGAUGCUUUUCCUGUUCAUGAUGACACAGCAUUAGAAUUGGAGUUAAGUCAACUUGUACCUCAAAAAGAGCUUGAUUCGAGUAAACCUAAAUCCCAGCGAACAUUAAUUGAGAUCAACUUCAACAAUGGAUUUCAAGACGGAACAACCCUCUACAAACUCUGGAUGAACUGCACUCAGCACUGUUACAGAAAUAGAAUGCCCUCAAGAUGGCAUCAAAUUGCCAACAAGUACGCUUCGUCAUCUUCAGGCAGUAAUUAUUGCUUGGGGUGGACCAUGAAACACUUUGCUUUAGCCUGCUCGAAUCCUCAAAGACAGUUACAAAGAUUGAAACUUUGUCAAAGAAACCAUUUCCAGGAUUCUAAAGAUAAAGUGAUUGUAGACAAUUUCAUUCGUCUUCUUGAAUGGGAAGCGGCAUCAGGAAAACCUAGUGGGGAGUCAGUUUCUGCUUACCUGGAUUACACUUGUAGAAAUCAUUGGGAUUCAAAAGGAUCUCUUUCACCAUUAUCACUUGUCCAAGAGCAAGGUGUUUCUGAGCGCUUGUUUCAUUGGGGAUGGAUGGGAAAUAAGAGAGUGAAGACUGAGCUGCCAUUAGAACGUAUCGUUGUUCAACUGCAUACACUCGGAGCACCUGUUAGUGUACUUAUGCAGUAUUUGGAUCUAAUAACAAAUACUGACAAGAAAUUAGAGACUGCUAAAAAAGUUCAUUGCCACCGAACUAUUAUUGAUGUAUGUUACUUAAUCGUAAUAGUUUAG